AUGGAACCCAUCACGGGCGGCAGGAUAACAGGCGCCAUCAACGCAACCGUUCAAGCUGGCCUUGCAUACCCUGCAAUUUAUGAGAACAGCACCAUCGAAGUCCCAGCAAUCAUCCUCUACGGCACGACACACGAAAAAGUGCCAUAUCUAAUUCAGCUUUUUGGUGUUGGGAAGCCGGCAGAGCAAGUGGUGAGAGUGCAAAUUGAGACUGGUGGAAAGUACUCGGCCUUAGCCGAUGCUUUCGUCAUUGCUGAGAUCAAGCCGAACAUGGCCCGUACGAUGGUCAGCGUCGAAGGGUACGAAGCUGAAGAGAACUACAAGCCAGCUUCCAUAAACACAAACACUGUAUUGUCCGUUCGCCGACUUCAACACAAUGAGCCUCAGAAGUUAGAUACAAGUCAAAGAGUUCCCAAAGCCAAUGCACUUGAUCAACACUGCCAUAAGGCUCACUAA